AUGCCGACUGCCUCAACCUCCCGCCCAGCAUCACCGGGAGGUGAUGGUAUCGAUCCCGAAUCUGGCACUGGAACGGGUACGGUAUCGCGCUGGAAGAGCGUGUUUCGGAUGGGAAAGGGGAGUCAGCGGGCCAAGGAAGGAAAUGGGCGGGGGACGAUACUAGGGCAGGGGCAGGGGCAGCAGGAUGGGCUGUUCGCUAGGACUGGAGAAGAGGAGCAGGGCGCGCAAGUGGGCGUGGACGCGGAAGAAGGCAAUGGAAACGGAAAUGGGAACGGAGUAUCGCCGAUCAACCCGAACCUCCUCUCUCCGUCCCUGGGGAGCUCAACUUCUGCGGCCCCGUCAUCUUCGCCUACUCGGCUCUCCGCUCCAGUACCCCACUCUCCUGAUGUCGGAGCUGGUGCUGUCAGCUCCGGAUCCAGCCCAAACGUCCACCUCUCCCCCGUCGUCCUUCCUCUGACGAGCACCGGCCCCUCUCCAGGCCCCACUUCCGCCUCCGCGUCCACAUCCACAUCUGACGACCAACGCCCCUACGCCCAUUCCGCAUACACCUCGGACUCACGGGACCGCUCCUCCUCCCACUCCUCUUCCUCUCGCCAACCACCGUCCCAUCAUGCCUCUGCGCCCGGCGCGGCCCCUUCCGGCUCGUCCACGCCACACCGCUCUCCCGGCCCAUCGGGGAUGCUCGGUCUCGGCGGCUUCAAAUCCCGUUUCUUCUCCUCCCCCAAUCCCUCCACUUCCACUUCCAGCUCCAGUGGCGGCGGCGGCGGACCCUCGGAACGGGACCGAGGCAAGAAGGAAAAAGUCCCCACGGGCUCCAGUGGUCGAUCUGGCUCAAGCUCCACUUCUUCCUUCUCCGCUUCGGCGUCGACAUCGGCGGCCGGCGCGACAUAUACCCAACCAUCACCGGCGCCUAUGACACCCGCCAAGACGCCCCGGCCGCGCAAGAAGGGGGUCGCUUCGGCUCCCAACGCAAAAGCGCUCUUUGGGACUGUACCGGAUAUCCCACCGUUACCUUUACCAGCGACAGCGACAGCAAUCAAACAAUCUACACUGUCCCCGUCGCCCCAUCUGGUCAUUACGGACGCCGUACCCGAUGCCAAUGCCGAUAUCGACCUGUCAUUGUCUGAAUCACCCACCAAGACGCCCAAAUCCUUGAGCGGCAGCCUGAAAGGACGCUCUACGUCUAAUCGCGGAUCACCACGGACGUCCCCCUUGCCCAGUCCGAGACCGAGGACGGACUCGCCAUUCGUUCCUACCGGAUCAAACACGCUGUCGCCAGGGACACCCGUACCCGGUCGGAACCGGGCCUUGACGGCAGGCUCGGCCUCGGUGUCAGGUACGCCUGCGCGGGUCAAGGAGAUGCAGGGUUUGGGACUGGGAUCGCCUAUACCUACCCCGGGUCAGAGUCCGGGUUCGGUGGAGGCCGCGCCGGGAGGAGGGAGUCGGGAUAGUCAUCAUAAACAGGUGUUUAGGCGGACGUACAGUUCCAACUCUAUCAAGACGCGAUCGGUCGAGGUCACGCCGAGCUCAUUCCAGAAGAUCAAGCUGCUAGGGAAGGGAGAUGUGGGCAAGGUGUAUCUGGUGAGGGAGAAAAAGACCGACAAGCUGUAUGCGAUGAAGGUCCUCUCUAAAAAGGAAAUGAUCAAGCGCAACAAGAUCAAGCGCGCGCUAGCCGAACAAGAAAUCCUCGCCACCUCCAACCACCCCUUCAUCGUCACCCUCUUCCACUCGUUCCAAUCCCCCGACUAUCUCUUCUUCGUGCUCGACUAUUGUAUGGGCGGCGAGUUCUUCCGGGCGCUCCAGACGCGACCGGGCAAGUGUCUGUCCGAGGAACACGCCAAGUUUUACGCGGCGGAGGUCAUUGCCGCGUUGGAGUAUUUGCAUUUGAAUGGGUAUAUCUAUCGGGAUUUGAAACCUGAGAAUAUACUACUGCAUCAGUCGGGACAUAUCAUGUUGUCGGAUUUCGACCUGAGUAAGCAGUCGGGAGAGCCAGGAGGGGCGCCAGCGACCAUCAAGCAGAAUGGGCCGAACGGUACAAUUAUGGUGGACACAAGAUCGUGCAUUGCGGACUUUAGAACCAACUCGUUUGUCGGUACGGAAGAGUACAUCGCGCCUGAGGUCAUCAAGGGCAACGGCCAUACUUCUGCUGUGGACUGGUGGACGCUCGGUAUCCUCGUCUACGAGAUGAUCUUCGCCACUACUCCGUUCAAGGGCCCAAACCGGAAUGCCACCUUCGCCAAUGUGCUCAAGAACGAAGUGACUUUCCCCGAUUCCGCCCCAGUGACAAGCUUUUGCAAGUCCGCCAUCCGCAAGCUGUUGAUCAAGGAUGAACACCGGCGACUUGGGUCCAGCUCCGGCGCUAGCGAAGUCAAGCAACACAAGUGGUUCAACAACAUCAGCUGGGGAUUGCUACGGCAUAUGACACCUCCUAUCAUACCCGCCGAAUCAAACGGUAUUGACGCCAUCAACUUCCGUACCCUGCGCGACUCCAAAUCGAUGGAUUUCGAACGCCAUUCGACCUCGGCCGAAGCGCUUGGUGAUCUUAUUCAUGCCCAGGCGGGCUCGCCGAGCGUCAUGGCCCCGGGAACGCCGGGGAUGUUGACGCCGAGAGAGCUUGUGGGGGAGGGUGUGAGCGCGGGUUCGGGAGGGCAAGGAUCGGGAGGCGGGGCAGGAGGAGGCGGGCUGGAGGCGGAAGUCAAUCCGUUUGGGGAGUUUAGUAGUGUCACGAGAGAUGUGGGGGAUUGGUAG